AUGAUGAAUAAUUCAAUUGGUAAUGAUAAUAAACUUGAUUUUAAUACUCGCUAUUUGAAUAUCUAUGCGAAUCUUUUUUUUGUUACUUUUGGCAAUAUUGGUAAUCUACUCAAAGUAGGAUUUUUUCUUCAAAAACCUCUUCGUUCUUGUGCGUGCAGUGUCUUUAUUCUUGUUGCAACAUUCAGCAAUUUUAUUACUAUCAAUAAUUUGCCACUUCAUCGGCUUCUUGCCAAUGUCUUUACAUCGUCCGAUUGGAUCGAUGCUAGUGUUGGAUGGUCAACAAUUGAAAAAACUCAAUCCAAUUUAUCAGUCAAUAUUGUGCCCGAUUUCGAUAUAAUCGUAUGUAAAUUACGCAUUUAUUUCCACAUGCUAAGCGCUAGUAUGACAUUUCAAAUGCUCUUACUUGCUUCGAUCAAUCGAUUAGGUUCGAGUUGGCGACGAAGGAAACAUCAGCAACAAAGUUAUUGUCAUCAAAUUGCCGACUAUUUCUGUCAUCUUUCAAAUGCAUUCAAGCUCAGUUUGAUCUCAUGUUUUGUUUGGGCCAUUGUUUCUCUUCAGCAUGUAUUCAAUUACACAAUUAUUACUCGUUCACAAGGUUGUGUUGCUCAAAAUCUUACUCUUUGGACAGUAUGGGUCACUAUCAUUCAUUGUCUUCUUUUACCGAUAUUGAUGAUUCUGUUCGGUAUACUAACAUUGAAAAAUAUUCGAACAUUACCAACCUUUCGCUGUUUACAUAAUCGUCGUUAUGAUCAAAAUCGUCAAUUUGUUCAAAUGUGUCAUCAUUGUGUCGAUAAUCGACGAUCAAGUCAAUAUCAAGUUGAAAAACAAUUGACAUUGAUGAUUAUUACUGAAAUAAUUGUAACUGUAUUAACAUCAUUUCCUUAUGCUGCUUAUAGCUUCUAUCGACUUCUUACAAUCAAUAAACAAACAUAUGAGACAAGAGUUUCAAACAAAGCCAAUUGGAUUGAAUUAACUAUACGUAUGACUGUCUAUUUGGAGCCAAGCUGUGGAUUUUAUAUUUAUCUAAUGACAUUGACAACAUUGAGGAAACGUUUUAGUAGUGUAAUUUUGAAAAAACUAACUUCUGCGUGUUGUUUUUAUUGGUAA